AUGAGCUAUCAAAAACUCCGCCAAGACUUCACCAUCCACCCAAUCCCCGAAAUCGACGAUGACCUAGAAACCACAGCAACAAAGCUCAAAGAUCUAGCAUCAGUCGUGCAGAAAGGCAACAGCCUCGCCCUAUGGACGGGUCUGAAGGCAGCGACACCGCAGCCGCGCAGUGACGCGGAGACAAAUGCGCGGAUGCAGAUGACGCCUUCGGAGCGACAGGCUUAUGAUGCGUGGAAGGAGGGGAAGUAUCAGAUUCCGGAGUUUGAGUGGACGGGGAACGUGGCUGUUGUUCCGAAUGGAGUGCAGAGUUUGAAGAAGUUUGAGAAGAGGGCAGUCGCCAUGGAUAUUAUUUGGGGAUGGAGGCCAUUAUCUCAGCCUGAAAGGGAAGAAGAUAAGGAAGAUUCAUCAGGUGUCAGCGCUAGAGCCACGCCAGAGAAUGCGUCGUGGUUGACAUUCAACAUGCCAGCCACGCUACCGCUGAUACAAGCCGUCGUCCGGGUGUUGAACGCAGAGAAACAAGCGCAGCAGAAUCCCCACGCUGGGUUAUCGGAGAUGGAAGUGGUCGAGAUGGAAACGGCGCGCAAGAUAGUGGCGACCGCCGAGAGGAACCGUUCGCGCGAACUGGAACGGAUCCGUCUUCUGACUCGGUCAAUUAGCCAGAAUACGGAGGUGAUGAAAGCGCGAAUACAAAGUCUUGAGAAACUACUGCAAUCAUCAUCGCCGUCGCAGUCAUUGCAGUCAUCGCCAUCACCCUCGACAUUGGAAACGACGGUGCCUAGGGGAGAGAAGCGAAAACAGCGUGAAUCGAACUGA